AUGGAGCAGCAGCAGCGGGCGGACGAGUUCCCGGCGCAUGGCGACGGCCUCUGGGACGUCGACAUUGCGCAGCUCUUUAGCGCGCCCGCGGGCCCUGCACCGGCGCUGCCGGAAGCAUCCAUGACGUGGAUGCACAGCAAGCAGCGUGACGCGCCGCGCACGCCCGCCAGCCUUGGCGACAUGGACGAGAGCACGUCGGGCCUCUCGAACCAGGACAUUAGCUACGAGCGCAAGAAGUCGCGCGCCAAGAUCACGCGCGUCGAGGUCAACACGGGCUUUGACGAGCUUCUCGCGCCGCAAGAACAGCCGUGCCAAGAUCAUCCAGCACGCAUUCGCGCCUUGGAGGCCGAGAACGAGCGCCUCAAGCAGCAAUUGAACGCGUCCCCUGCGCACCACGCAGCAGCAGUCGCGACGACCAGCGCCUCCGCGACCUUGCACAGCAACGGCUCGACGAUGCUCUGGAUUCCUUGCUCCAUCACGCCUCUUGUCUCGGCCGCGCCGCCGCGCCUCACCAUGCAUUUGCCUAGCACGCACAAGGCCGUGGUGCACAAGAAGCCACGCAAGGCGCCCAAGACGACCAGCCUCUCUUCGUCGUCAUCCUCCUCGAGCCUCUCGGUGCUCGUUGACACUUGCCCCCAUGUGCUUCGGUUCUUGGACGGCGUCAUGCUCACGCGCGUCGCGCAGACAUCCCACGAGUGGAAGCGACGCAUCAUGGACGGCAAGCAAGCGUAUCUCUGGGAAGCGCUCAUCAUGCAGCGCUGGCGCAUCCCCAAGGACGAGAUUCUGCUCCUCACGCGGUCCUUCACGGCCAUGUACCACAAGUGGAAGUACCUCGACCAGUCGAUGCUACUGCCGCGCGGUGCGUACACCAAGGACGAGUCGGUCGUCGCCAUGGGCCGCGGCCAGGGCCUCGACCUCUGGGGCGUUCUCGCGCGCCGCUCCAACUCACGCACGACCCGCUCGGUGUGGCGGGACGGCGCGCUCUCGGUGAUGCAAAUCGUCGAACUCCGGCUCGUCGUGCAGAACAUGUCGUCGUGUCCUGUCUCUCCGACGCUCUUGUCGAUCGGGGUGCACCCGUUCCAGGUCCUCGACGCGUCGUACGGCAGCCACUUUACGCCGCGCUGGAUCGCGGUCAACGGAGCGCAGUGCUCGAUCUCGGACGACUCGGUCGUGCUGCAUCACAUGGACUUUGGCGUCAUCGCUGUCUACGUGUCGUGCCCGCACAUUGAGUUUGAAGAAGUGUUUCUCUCGAGCGCGCGCAUGAUCCAAGUGCACUGCGGCCGCGGGGACGCGAGCGUCUCGAUCGAAGCCCAGUUCUUCAACCCGAACCGCGACAUGCAGCGCGCCAAGCACGUCGUAUAG